CUGCAGACGGAGGAAGACUACAUCCCCUACCCCAGUGUGCACGAGGUCCUGGGUCGGGAGGGGCCCUUCCCUCUUAUCCUGCUGCCGCAGUUUGGGGGUUACUGGAUCGAGGGGACCAAUCACGACGUCUCCUCAUUGCCGGAUGCGGAGAGCGUUCAGUCGCCCAGCGGGAAGGUGAAGCUGGAAAGUAACCACAUGGCGCGAAUCUACCGCAAACACUUCCUGGGGAAGGAACACUUUAAUUAUUACUCGCUGGACGCGGCGCUGGGUCACCUCGUCUUCUCCCUGAAGUAUGAUGUCAUCGGAGACCAGGAACACCUCCGCCUGCUCCUCCGGACAAAGUGCCAGACGUACCACGACGUGAUCCCCAUUUCCUGCCUGACCGAGUUCCCCAACGUGGUGCAGAUGGCCAAGCUGGUGUGUGAAGACGUGAACGUGGAUCGAUUUCACCCCGUGCUCUACCCCAAGGCUUCGCGUCUCAUCGUGGCGUUUGAUGAACACGUCAUCAGCAAUAACUUCAAAUUUGGAGUCAUCUACCAGAGGCCGGGACAGGUCAGGAUGACCCCGAGUGUCAUUGUG